GUUUGUCUCAUGGAAAAUGAAUGAUGCUUUUUAAUGCUUAGAAAUUUAAAAGUAUUUAUUACAGAAAAAUUCAAACAUAUACAGAAGUAGAAUAAAAUAAUGAAUUCGUUAUGCUCAUCCCUCAGUUUUAAAAUUUAUCAUUUCCUGAGGUCACACUCCAUUUAAUUACUAUAUUCUUACCAACAUCAUCACAACACCCUGCACAAGUUUUAAUAAUUACAUGUAGUGAUGGAUAGAAAUAACAAAGAACUGCUAAAUUUUAAGAAGGUAGAUCACAGAAGAAGAGAAAAAACAUGGACUUCAAAGCUGUUGAGAAUUUUCAACCAAAUUCUUAACUAUGGAUUUGCCUUUUUCUUGGUGGCAGUUUGCUGCUAUCAAGAGGAUACUCAAACUUUUCCUGUCAAUAUGUGGACUUUCAGACUGGGUUUUAAAAAUCUUUUUAUCCUUUGUAUUUUUUCUUCCUAGAGUAUCUACGUUCCUUUCUUUGAUUUUCACUAGCAGUCAGAUGUUGCAAGGGAGGUGUCUUUGGCAGGGCAUGAAGUGUCAUUUGCUGUGGGACCACUGACAUACCUGGGAAUUUAUUUAUGACCAUCUGUACUAUGCCAGAAGAAAUUUUUAUAUUUAAGAUAAAUUACUCAAAGUAAUUGUUGUCAUCUUGGUUCUAGAGAUAUUGUCAAGAUUCAAAAGUUUGAUUGUAAGCUUUAACCUUUCUCCUAGAAUUGAGCAUCUUUAAAGGGUUAGAUUGACUGUAUAGGGAAAAUUUACUUAUUGUGGUAUGAGUUAAAAUUAAUUUCAUCAAAUUAUUAGGAUUUAAGCAACUUAAGUUUCUACAAAUUAUGAAGUCAAAGUUGUCUUCAUGAUAAAAAUAGUGUAAAAGGUUAAAAAAAAGGCCUUGAGCAGGGGUUGGCUUUUUUUUCUUUCUGGACUGAAAUGGAGGCUUGCUUUCAGGCGAAUUCCCUGAUGUUUGCUCUGUGUGAUUUGGCUCUAUCUGUGUUACUGCUAAUAUGUGGCAUGGACUCAAAUUGGGAUCUGGAUGUGCUCAAAGUCUGUAUUGCAAGUCCGGAUUCACAGGCAUUAUGUUACAAAACUGGCUUGCUGCCUUGUGUGUUCUUUUAUUAUGUCUUGAGUAGCUGCAUUGUCUGUUGCAGUAUAUGCAUUAGCUGUUGUCUGUGUUCAGUUUCCUGCAGAAUGACAAAGUGGGAGGGGCUUUGUUUGAUACAUAGCUGAGUUUUCACUGUGUGAGUUCUUGAGUGCACACUGCAGCCAUCUUAAUUACACUUUUGUGCAACUGAGACUGUGCAGCUGUCUCAAAAUGGCUGCUAGCCUAGUCUUUGUAGCUGCUUAGGCAGCAAGUAUGCCAGUGAGACUUGUCAAAUGCAUCAGGACCAGAGAUUCGAUAUGGAUAGUGUAGAAGAACCUCAGAAAAAAAUCUUUAAGGCUCGAAAAACAAUGAGAGUGAGUGAUCGGCAACAACUUGAAGCAGUAUAUAAAGUCAAAGAAGAACUAUUGAAAACUGAUGUUAAGCUUUUAAAUGGUAGCCAUGAAAAUGGAGAUUUGGACCCAACCUCUCCUUUGGAAAAUAUAGACUACAUUAAAGAUAAGGAAGAAGUUAAUGGCAUUGAAGAUACUUGUUUUGGUUCUGAAGAGAGUAAAACAGAAUUGAAAGAAAAGUCCUGUAUUCUGCACGUUAAUGUAAAAAACAAGCAAGAUGAUGAUUUAAAUGAGCCUUUGUCUCCAAAUAAAAUAACUCCUGAACCAGCCUCUAAACUAACCCCUGAGCCAGCUUCUGGUGAUUUGUCCUCUAGUGAGCUGGCUGCUGGAGAUCCAGCCUCUGGUGAUUCCACUUCUGGUGAUCCCAUUACCAGUGCAGCAUCCUCUGGUGAUCCGGCUUCUGCAGAACUUAGCUCUAGUGAUCCUGCCGCUGGUGAUUCUGUCUCUGGUGAACUAGUUUCUAGUGAACCUGAUUCUGAUGAACCAGUUUCUAGUGAAAGAGCCUCUGGUGAACCAGCUUCUGGUAAUUGUGCCUCUGAUAAUCUAUCCUCUGGUGAUCCAGUUUCUGGUGAUCCACCCUCUGUUGAUCCUUCUUGUAGUGAAUUGGCCUCUAAUGAGUUGCCCUCUGGUGAGGUGGCCCCUGAUGAUCUGGCCUCUGCUGAACUGGCCUCUUGUGAUCUGGCCUCUGGUGAACUGGGCUCUAGUGAACUGACUUCUGAAUCUGCUUUUGAUCCCAUCUUUGAACCAAGUUCUGCACCAGUUUGUGAACCAGUUCUUGAAACUGACAGUACAGAACAAAGUUGCAAUAAAGAUAAUUUUCUUGAAAAAAAUGAGAAUGAUGAAACUUCAGGCCAAAUUCAGAAUAAGGACUCAGUUGAUGAGAAAAAGAAAGCUGUUAGUAAUAUUGAUGGUAAUGAAGAAACUCCAGAAACAGAAGAUACAAUGAUUUGCUCAGGUCUGUCCUCUGAAAAUGAAAAGAAGGAAGAAGAUCCUAUCACAGAACUUGCUCUUAGAGAAGAGGCUAUAUCUAGCAGUAUGGAAAUUGACCAAGGUGAAAAGAAUGAAGAUGAAAAUUCUUCAGACCUUGUGGAAACCAUUAGUGAAAAUGUACAAAGUGACAAAAAUGAGACUGUCUUAGAAAACACUGAUUCUAUGGAGACAGAUGAAAUUAUUCCUAUUUUGGAAAAACUUGCACCUGCUGAGGAUGAACUUACCUGCUUUUCUAAAACUUCUCUCCUUCCAAUUGAUGAGACAAAUCCCGAUUUGGAAGAGAAAAUGGAAAUUUCAUUUGGUUCACCAUCUAAACAAGAAAGUAGUGAAAGUUUGCCUAAAGAAGCCUUUUUGGUCCUUUCUGAUGAAGAGGAUAUUUCAUGUGAGAAAGAUGAGUCAGAAGUUGUAUCACAAAAUGAAACAUGUUCUUCAGCAGAAGUAGAGAGGAAUGAAAAGGACCUCAAACCUGAGCAAGAAGAGCAAGUGACAGAUGAAGAUGAAAGGCCUUCUGAGAAAAAUGAAUUUCUUGGAAGAAAGCGUUCUAAAUCAGAAGACAUGGAUAAUGUACAGUCUAAACGUCGUCGUCAAUAUAUUGAAGAGGAAUAUGAGGCAGAAUUUCAAGUAAAGAUUACAGCCAAAGGAGACAUUAACCAGAAGCUUCAAAAGGUUAUGCAGUGGUUGCUGGAAGAAAAAUUGUGUGCACUGCAGUGUGCUGUUUUUGAUAAGACUUUAGCAGAACUGAAAUCUCGUGUGGAAAAGAUCGAAUGUAACAAGAGGCACAAAACAGUUCUUACUGAACUACAGGCCAAGAUAGCCAGGUUAACCAAACGUUUUGGAGCAGCCAAAGAAGAUCUUAAGAAGAGACAAGAGAAUCCACCAAACCCACCUGUAUCACCCGAAAAAUCUGCCACUGAUAUCACCAGCAAUAACAAUGUGGCCUACAGAAAUGCAAGCACAGUAAGACAGAUGUUGGAGUCCAAAAGAAAUGUAGGUGAGAGUGCACCGCCAUCUUUUCAAUCUCCUGUGAACACAGUGUCUUCAACCAGUCUCGUCACUCCUCCAGCAAUUGUUACUAGCCAACCUAAAUUGCAGAAUCCAGCAACUUCAGGUUCUCAGACAGCAACAUCAGUUCUUCCUGCACCCAAUACAGCUACAGUAGUUGCAACUACUCAGGUGCCUACUGGAAAUCCUCAACCUACAAUUUCUCUACAACCUUUACCAGUGAUUUUGCAUGUUCCUGUUGCAGUAUCCUCCCAGCCUCAGCUCCUACAGAGCCAUCCAGGGACUUUAGUAACUAAUCAGCCAUCUGGCAGUGUUGAGUUUAUUUCUGUGCAAAGCCCACCUACAGUGAGUGGUCUUACCAAAAAUUCGGUAUCCUUGCCAUCCUUGCCAAAUCCCUCUAAACCAAACAACGUUCCUUCUGUGCCCAGUCCUAGUAUUCAAAGGAACUCUCCUGCCAGUGCUGCACCAUUAGGAACAACACUUGCUGUACAAGCUGUUCCGACAGCACACUCUAUUGUGCAAGCCACAAGGACUUCCUUACCUACAGUGGGCCCAUCAGGACUCUAUAGUCCAUCAAAUAAUCGAGGUCCUAUACAGAUGAAAAUUCCAAUUUCUGCUUUUAGUACUUCAUCUUCUUUGGAACAAAGCAGCACUACCACUCCAAGAAUUGAAAACCAGACAAACAAACCAAUAGAUGCUUCUGUUAAUAAGAAAGCAGCUGAUAGCACAGCACAGAGUGGAAAAACCACUGGCAGUGAUUCAGGUGGUGUCAUUGAUCUCACAGUGGAUGAUGAAGAAAGUGGAUCUUCACAAGCAGAAUCCAAAAAAGUCAGUCACACUCCUGUGUCAACCAUGGGUUCUUCUCAACCCAUAUCUCGACCAUUGCAACCCAUACAACCAGCACCACCUCUUCAGCCAUCUGGGGUGCCAACAAGUGGACCAUCUCAAACUACCAUACACUUACUACCUACAGCUCCAACCACGGUGAAUGUAACACAUCGUCCAGUAACUCAGGUGACCACAAGACUCCCUGUACCUAGAGCUCCUGCAAACCAUCAGGUGGUUUAUACAACUCUCCCUGCACCACCAGCUCAGGCCCCGCUGCGAGGAACUGUUAUGCAGGCUCCUGCUGUUCGUCAGGUCAAUCCUCAAAAUAGUGUUACUGUUCGAGUGCCUCAAACAACCACAUAUGUUGUAAACAAUGGACUAACCCUGGGAUCAGCAGGACCUCAGCUCACAGUGCAUCACCGACCACCACAAGUGCAUACUGUAAAUGAGCCCCCACGCCCUGUGCACCCAGCACCCUUACCAGAAGCCCCACAACCACAGCGUCUACCCCCAGAAGCUGCCAGCACAUCUCUGCCUCAGAAGCCACACUUGAAGUUAGCACGAGUUCAGAGUCAGAAUGGCAUUGUAUUGUCCUGGAGUGUCCUGGAGGUGGAUCGAAGCUGUGCUGCUGUUGAUAGUUAUCAUCUCUAUGCCUACCACGAGGAGCCCAGUGCCACCGUGCCCUCACAGUGGAAGAAGAUUGGGGAAGUGAAGGCACUCCCCUUGCCCAUGGCAUGCACUCUUACCCAGUUUGUGUCUGGCAGCAAGUACUACUUCGCAGUCCGAGCCAAGGAUAUUUAUGGACGUUUUGGACCAUUCUGUGAUCCUCAGUCAACUGAUGUGAUCUCUUCUUCCCAGAGCAGUUAAACCUUGGAGCCUUUAUCUUUUCCUGUUUCAGAAAUUCUACUUUUUAGUCUUGUUUUUAAUCUUGUGCAUGUUACCCAAUGUAAAAUCCACAUUGUGCAAGAUUUCUUGGACUGAUGUGUGUAUACACUACAUUUGUUUAUAACCAGAAGCAAAAUAAACUCAGCCUAUAAAGCAACAAUCUUUCCUGGACAAUUCAAGCUUCAGGGUUUUGAAUUAUAAAUGGGUACUGUCUUUAGUUAUGAGUCUGGGGAAUAUGUAUGGGUUUUGUGUGGGUUUUUUGUUUGUUUGUUUUAUUUGUUUGUUUUUUCCUAUUUGUGUAUUCACUGCAGUGGAAUCUCCCAUUUUCAUUCUCAAAUUUACCUCUCUUUCAGUAUGAAGUGAAUAGAUCAAAGAAUCUUAGGUAUGUAACUGAUGUGAUUCUCAUAAGGGUUCUAUAGAAUCAUAAUUCAGUGAUAUAAACUAAAUCUAUAAACAAAACUUAGAAGUAAAGAAAAAGCAAAAUGGCUAGCUUAAAAUAGAUUAAUUUGAACACAGGAAAGGAUCUAUUCAUUUUUUCAUUUAUUUGUUCUGGGUGGUUAGGUGAAAAACAAUCUACAGAACCCCUCCCCAUCCUGUCCUAAUCUGGCUUUCACAUUUAUUUGUGCCUUAAAGGUUAGCUAUAGAAAUAAAUAUGGCCAUACACUGUUGUUUACUCUUCUCUUUUAGCCUUCCCACCUUAAUUUCUCUUUUAUCUCCACCAUAUUUGGCAUAUACCUCUCCAGUAAUUUUUGAAUCAAGGCCUUUUGUAUACUCCCUAACCCAAAUCUGUGGUACCACUGCAUUUGACUUGCCAGUUUUUCCUAAGUGUAUGGAUAACUUUCAGUUUUGGUUAUUACUUAACACUCCAUAAAAUGGACCAAUGGACCAAGAGAAAACCAUAUGGUGAACGAAAAGUUUCCAUCAAACCUAUUUCUGCAUCCAUGUUACAGACUACAUUAGAUUUCUAAAGCACUUGUAGUUUACAUUAUCUCUAUAUUCUUUCAAAGAAGAAAAUAAUAAAGUGCAUAAAAUACAGUGAGCUAGUAUAUAAAGGGGAAAGCUAUGUUUCCUCUUUAUUCUCAUGUUAUCCUAUUUUUAAUCUCAGUUUUGAUUGUGCCAAGUUGAGCCUGAUUUAGCCUUUAUCUGCUUUGGAUAGCAUUUAAAGUAUAUCUGUUGGGAUCCCCUUUCAUAUAACAGUUAGGUAUAGCCAACUGUGUAUCUCCACUCUUCAAAAAUAAAAUUCAGUCAUAUAUUUUCAGUAUUGAAUGCAAGCUAUACUGGUUAUCAGGUAGGUAUUUUCAGUGUAGAUAGUUUAGGACAGGAGGGCUGGGUUAAAUUUUAGGGAUGAGUGUGGUUGAGAAUAUUUUGAAAGGUAUUCAUGGAGUUUGUGAAAUAACCUUAAGUUUCUUCCCUUGAUGUUUUGCAUUUAUAUUUCUAACUUCUCUAAAUUCAUUAUUUUUUCUGGAAUUAUAGGUGGGGGCUAUUCCUUUUAUUAGUUUACAACUUCGAUGACUUUUAAUAGGAAGUACUAUUCUAGUUGUAAAAUUACCUUUAGAGACCUUUACUGGUCACUGUAAUGUUAUCGUAGGUGUGAGGUUUGAUUAAUAAUAGAGGAUGGCAACAUUUACCAAAUAUAAACACUCUAAGCCAUUUUCCUCUCAAAACUUUGAGACAAUGAGAAUUAUUUUUCCAUGAAUCAAAUUUCCCCACUAUGUAGAUACUACUCAUUCUAGGACAAAUUAUGGUAAGAAGUUUCCACUGUUGUGAGAAUGAAAAUUUCAAAAGGAGAAAAUUGACUUAAAGAUACGUAUGAACAUCCAUCUAUAUCUGCUUGUAUACAUGUUUUUACCUGCAGUGUUUGUAAUGUAGAUUAUGUGGCAAAGCUCAUUUUGCUCUACUAAAUAGAAAGCUCAUAUUCAAAAGUUUAUUGGCUGAUUUCAAUGUCAUGGUAAACAUUUCUUUACCUGGUCUACAAAAAUUUCCCUCAUUGAACAUUUUUAUUAAUAUUCACUAAUCUUGUUUUUUAAAAAUUUAAUUGCAUUAUAUGCUCAGAUGAAAAAGCCCAGUAGAACAAAUAUUUUGUAUUAUUUUAGCCUGUAUUGGGUGUUUUCUAUCAAUUGGGGGAAAAAAAGGAACUCUAAAGAUACAUUAUUCCAGAAAAUAAUUACAUGAAACUUUUUAUUCUAGACAGUGGAAGGUAGAAAGAGAUUAUAAUUAUUUAAUAACAAAAGCAUAUUUUUGGUUGAUUUUCUCAAAAUUAUUGUAACACGGGUUUACAGGCAAUAGACAUAUUGGAUUUAUUGAGGUGAUAGACUAGAAUGCUGGGCUUUUUUAGGAUAGGUUUAAUUUUGAUAAAUAUUAGCUUUUUUGUUUAUCUUCUUUGGGAAAGAGAAUGUGAAGGACUUAGACUUUGUAGUAGCAUUUCACACUCCAUGGUUAUCUUUUUUAUUUUUUUAUUUCAUGGUAUAUUUUUACAGAGUGUUUCCAAUAACUCAGUUAUCCCAUUUUAAGAAUGCAAGUUUGCUACAUAUUUAUCCUGACAAUAUUUGUGUAGAUACUGUCUUAUUGGAAAUCCUGGAAAUUUCUGAUAUUUCAACCUGAAAUAAAGAAUGUUUAUAUGGUAUUUAGAGGUAACAAUAACAUUUGAUACUACUUUGCACUAUGUCAGUAACUUUCACCCUGUUUUAAGCGUGAGUAACCUCUUUUUAAAAUUUUGUUCUUGCCAGUAAAUUUUAAAAUGACAUAUAAAGGCAGUAUCUGUUAAUAGUUAUCUUUAUGAAGUAACUAUAUUCUUUAUGAAGUGACUAUAUUCCUCUGUUUCUCUGGACUCACUUUUAAAAUUAUGCAGAAUGAUUUAUACUGUUUUAUACAGUAUAUAACACAGAAGUAGAGAGCUUCCUUGAAAAGUGAGUGAGUGUUGAGACACUAUUUGCCUCCCAGAGAAGUGUUUCUCUCCCCUUUCCUCAUUGGCUGACACUAAAUACCUUAAAUAAAAUAACCUAAAGCAAACAGCUUAGGACCUUACCUUGGUGCAUCUCUCUGCAGAACUUUCUCUUACAGCACUGAAUAACUUAAUUUUUGUUACUUGCUCUUUUGCUUUAAAUAAUCUCCAAAUUAUUAUGCAGCAAAGUUAGUGUUAGUGUUGCAUGAUAUACAUUUAUCUUUUUCCAUGUUUUCUAAUACUGUAUUAAGAUUAAAAAAUAAUGCCUGUGGUGGUCUCAUCUCUCACUGUUAUAUAUAGUACUGUGAUCUUAGCACAGUAGGGUACUACAGAGACCUUCCAAGUAUUCUGACUUUCCUUCUUGGAUCCUUUCAGUAUCCUCAAUAUAUCAUGAUUAUUUGUUCUUUUUGUUAUUACUGACCUGUGACUGGCCUGUUUUACUCUUGUUUUUACAAAAAUUAUGUCCUGGUUAUUAGAUUAUUGCAAAUAACUAAAACCAGUAUAUGAUUCUGCCUUCCUUUAACUAUUACUGGGAAAAUUUUUCAUUUGUUUUUGGAUUUUGAGGUAUACAAUUGGCAAUUUUUAUGUAAGGUUAGUAUGGUGGUCUCAUAUCCCCUGGAUCCCCUAAAGGAAGGAAUAUGAUAGUAUAAACACAUUUUAUAUUAUCGUCUUCAAAUCAUUUUAUCACAUUCAAAUAAGCUUUUCUUUAUUUUUUUAUUUGUAGAGUCAAUUAAGUACUUAUCGUUUAUAUUUAAAUACUUUUUCUCUUGUAAAUAAGGUAACUGGGCAAUCAAAACACCUUGGGUAUCUUGACUUUAGUAUUUUAUCAGCAAUUUCAAAAAUAAAUAUAAAAAUAAACUCUUUGUAGGAAACUUGCAUCCAGAUUUUUUUGUUCACUGCAGUUGAAAAGUGUAAAUAAGAAGACAAUUUGUCUAAUAUUAACUGGGCUGUAGUACGUUGCCCUGUUUUUGUUAAGUUUUGAAGGUUUUUAUUUUCUUUUCCCCCUCCUUCCCUUCUUCCAUCUCUCCCUCCAUCCCUUUUCCUUAAUGUACAGUAGAGUGAUAUCUAUGUAAGUGUUAACUGUAGUAGGGUUUUGUCCAGUAAGCCUAAAAUUUAUACUUUGAAAUAAAUGAAUGGAUUUUUAA